AUGGCGAAUUUGAACCAACCAACCGCACCCACCAGCUUUCCUGUAUUGCUUGGUCGGGACCACAGCACGAGAGUUGAGUUCGCAGAGCGGGAGGAUGUGAUUGCAGACGUCAAAAGCCCGCUGAGCAGGGAACUUGGCAAGGCCACCGGAGCUCCGACGACGACGCGUGAUGAGACACCGCUGCCACAAGAGCCGUCUCAGCGACCACCGUCGCCGCCGAAACAGGUCUCAGAUGUGCUUCUUUGCAAGGAGGAGGCACUGAGCUUGCAGUCUGAGCUGAUGGAAGCCUUCAGCGCCCCUGCAUUUCAAAAGCAGCUCCAUGAGCUUGGGCGUUUGCAUGGUGUGGGGACAGACGGAUGCCGAGCAGCACUCCUGCAGUUGGUCCGAAGCACACAAGUCGAGAUCAUCCCACGCUUCGGCUUGCAAGGCUCUCAGGCGGGUAUUGAGGGCAUGCUGUCUGCCUUGAAGUCCCUCGAGACGGACCAGGACAUCCAGGUCAACAACAUGGCCAUGAAGGAGCUGCUGUGCCUUGAGCUGCCCUUCACGCCGGCGCCAGAGGUCCGGAUGGUCGUGCAGCGUCCGUCUACGAAGCACCGCAUCAUGGACAUUCUUCGAGUUCAACUCACUGAGUUCAGCAAGUCGACCUUCCAACUUGAGGUCGAGGAGCUGAAGCGCCAGGCGAAGGUAUCGGAUGCUGCGGGUGGCUUCUACCACCUACCUGGCCGCGCCGACCUGGCCCUGUUAGUGCAGCAGGUCUUGCUUCCCCAGUAUGGCUUCGCAGGCUCCAAGGAAGGAGUGCAGGACAUGAUCCAGCAUUGCGCCCCGUUCGUCAAGGACCCAGACGUGGCAAGCCUACUCGACAGGGUGAAUGACCGACUUGGCAUGUCCUCUGCGGCAUGCGAGCGCUUCAGGGAGUGUCUCGUCCACCUGGCCUGA